UACAUCCGUUGAAAUAUCUGUCUCAUUGUUCUACCUGUGUUAUCGUUUUUACACUCUGGAAGGACAAAAAUGUAGCUAGCUCUUGCACUCAUGCUGCUUCCUCAUCUGGCAAACACCAUUUGACAGCUAAUACUCAAGCAAUUGGAGUGCGGUUUACUCAUCCGAUGUUGAGCUUCCAGAAGCUAAACAAACAUGGUAGAACCCCCUGUCGCCGCAUAAACUGAAGGUUGCUGUAUAUUUGGGUUGAUUUGACACACAGAAAGCAUGCUGAGCUUGUCAAUAAGAGACGUGCCCCCAAAGGUCCACUGGAUCCCUUUUGCUGUGAAGGACAACUUCUACACAGAGAACAUCAAGAACACUUGUGCCUCAAAUGCUGAAAGUGCAGGCAGUACUGACCGUGCUUUUGAACCUGUCCGGAACACCUGGAGCUACGCCGCCCCUUACAGAGAGCAGACUGGGGCUGACCCUGACUCUGACUGGGUAAUCACGGAAGGCAGCUCUGGAGGAAGUGCUGCAGCUAUGGCCUCUCUCACCAGCUUCCUCUCUUUGUGGUCGGAUACAGGUGGCUCCACCCGUAACCCAGGGGCCCUGUGUGACAUAGUGGCCCUGAAGCCAACCUACGGCCUGGUGUCCAGACACGGCCUCAUCCGCCUGGUCAACUCGAUGGAGGUCCCAGGCAUCAUGACUCGGGAGUGUUCAUGACUCAGCCACCGUCCUGGGUCAGGCAUGUUAUAUGGCCAUCCCAUGGGGCCUGUAUUUUUUUCCUGACCAGGUAAAAAGUAUUACUCUGAAAUGUUAAUUGUAUGGCAUGUAAAACUGCUAUGUGGGGUUUGUUGACCUGGGGUGCGGGUUGUUGUGUCACACAGGUAUUCUCCAAGGCCAUGAUGUCAGACUCUACUACCAUAACCCUUCCACACUGACAGACCUACCGGGUGACUUUGAUGUCAGGAACAUCUGUGUGGGCAUUCCCAAGGUGAGAUCACCCUAUCCUCCCAGUAGGAUCAGGCAUCUCAAUUCAUCCCAGUGGUUUAACAUUAACAUGAAGAUUGUUGGUAAAACUUUGAACAUGUGAGGCAUGUGGCACAUGCCGCACAUCUGUCAGACUGUUUGUCUGUCUGGUAAUGCUGUUGUUUCAUUGUUGAUCUAUGAUGUGAAUUAAUAGCGCUCACUUAAUGCAAGACAAAGACAGAAGUCCAUUGCUAUGAAGCCAAAUAAAGUCAAAUUGACCAUGAGUGGAUUCUAAAUAUUAUGCUGCUAUUAUAACUAGCAGAGCCCUUGAUGGCGACCUUUGUUUAUUUUAAUUGUUGCUGUAUGUGUACUUCGUAUUUGUUUACAUUUACAAGGGAUUUUGUUAUUGUAAAGCAAGAUUGAAAUGGAAUUAUUUGUGAAUUGUUCUCCACAGGCCACCGUAGUGGCCAUGUAUGCCACCAGGGAUUUAACAAUGUUAUACAAGGAUGAAUCCUAUCGGGGAACUACUUCCUGCUCAGACAGUAAAACACAGCAAACACAUUUUUCAGUAUAAACCAAUACUUUUCUACUACUGUAAGAUCGGUGGUCGUGUUGAGGAUGGAAGCAGGAAUUUGAAUAUUUGGACAAGAGUUAAGACAGACCCUCAUGUUUGCCUCCCUUCUAACAGGAAUUAUGAGCACUACUUUGUGAUGACCCAGCAGGUGCGUUGUCUGAUAGCAGAGGACUUCAAGCAAGUGUCCAGCUCGGGUGUUGACGUGCUGCUCAUGCCCACCACACUGAGUGACGCCAUGCGCAACACGGACUUCAUGCAGGAAGACAACCCCACACGUAGUGCCCAGGAGGACAUCUUCACCCAGCAACAUGGCAGGAAAUAAUAUGCUCAUCAUUUAACUCUCCCUUUUCAAAGGAAUUGGGUUGGAAUUCCUAUUUCGGUCAACCCUUUGAUUACAAAUCCAGAUGAAGGUCUAUCUGAAACAAAUCAUCUCCAUCAGGGAAGCUGAUAACUUUGCGGGCAGUUAAAGUUUAACCCAUCUUUUAUCCCCCUCACAGUCUGGCCUUCAAACAACCUUACCCUGCCAACCCCUCUCCCUCUCGACUUUCUCACAUUUACCCCUCCAACUCUCAUUUUCUGCUCCAAGACUCCUUGCUGUUUCUGUGACAACAGCGUUAUCGAGCAUACCUUCCCAUUGGCCUGCAGCUAAUAGGCCCCACCCUCCAGGACAGGACACUGCUGACAGUAGCCCAGUGGAUAGAGCAGAAGGUGGGCUUUACCCCUAUCCAUUACCAUGGAGAUGCCGUACAGGGGGAGCGAGGUGCGGAGGUCCAUAAGCGAGAGCAGACCUCAGUUGUAUGAGGUGAAACUAAUGAAUACAGAGCUACUCAGAUGAGUGCCAUUAUCAUGGUCAUGUAAAGGACAUACUCAAAGAUGUAUGGCCUUUUCUGGAUUUGUUCUGAAGUUACUGACUUCCAUUAAAGACACUUUAUUACUUGCUGUUUGUCUGGCGGUUCCAAGUAUGAGUUAGAAUGAAUGACUUAAAGAUUAGGUCACGUAUCCAGAAGACAAGUAUUGUGAACCUGGGCGUUGAACAUCAGUGGUAAGCACUGGCGUAGCAUGCAGCUCCCCCCCCCCCCCCCCAAAAAAAAAAAUUAAAAUGUGUUUUUGUCGAGCCACCCCAGAAAGCAUAUGAACACAUCAUAAGCCAUGAAGGAAAUGUUUAGAAUUACAGGACAUUACCUUUAAAACUGCAAAAUGUUCCCUCAGCCUCAUGGCAAAAUGUGUAAAAUAGCAGGAAAUUAGCUCAUAGCUCAUAGAUUCUUGAAAGUCGGGUCAAUCCUUGUCCGGCAGGGAAAUUUAUUCAUUUAAUUUUUUUACAUUUUGUUGCAUUAUUUGAGCUUAAAAUGUACAUUUUAGAGGAAUAUUAUUUAUUUCCAUGUCGACUCUAUGCAUAGAUCCCGAUUUUCAAACUAUCCAAAAAAGUGUAAAAGAAAGAUUUCAACAAACAAUAUUUGAAUCACAAUGGUCACAACAAUUUCGCCUCUAAACCGCAUGCGGCGUGGACCUCCUCCAAGACUGUUGCGCAGAAGAAGUGCCAGGCCGCGCAGAGACACGAGAUUAAACUUCACUGAGUUCGCCCCAUUAGAUUGCACCAUUUAUUGUGAUCGAAUAAACAUAUAUGCCCCUUUUCAAUGCAACAAAACAAAUCUAACUUUGCAAGAGUCUGUGAUUUUGUUGUAGGCAGAGCCAGAGUGCCGCGGAAUAGCAUUCUAUUGACAGUAGCAGUGAACGGUCUUUCAAUCACCCAUAAGUGAAUGUGCUGUUCAGGUCAGCGAGCAUAGCGUGUGCACGUUUGUUGAUAUUCUUUGUUAGUUAGCAAGCUAUUAGCCCAGUUUUAAAUAUUGGUCAGCAACAGGGAUUUACUGCUUCCUAGCACAAAACGUGUAGGCUACAUUUCAAGCUGUCUUUGAAAAGCUAGUUGGGAAAAAAGCUUGUUUGUCUUCAUUAAAGAGGCAGUGUUGUAUUUUGAGAGAGGCUUGAAUAAGAAAAAUUACAUUUUUGUCAACUAGGUAAAAAAAAAAAAACUGUCAGAUCUUUGUCUAACGUCAACUCUGUCAAAGUGCUGAUAUAAUGGUUGUUUUUAUUGGGGAUUUUCAAAUAAAGCAUUUUAUAUAUA